GCAAUGGUCAGCUGGGCAACAAAGGACACCAGUCCUGUUCCAGGUUAACUCACAUUCGUUUACUUCGACCAAGAAACUCCAUCCAUUUCCCCUUCAAUUGUUCCCGAUACACCUAGCAUCGCCAUAAGCGAGUCGUGCAUGCAAGAUCGGGUAACUACAUACUACCUCCAGGGCUCCUAAUCAGCCUUCCGACCCGAGCCAAAUAAUCCGGCCGGAUCUGUUUCCGUGCCCACCACGGCGUUCCGACCCUUGCUGAACAGACACAAGUACAUAAGAGGGGGGAACAUGUCUACUCCAGAAGAAUCCCCGGCUCAAAGAGCGGCCCGUCUGCGUCGUGAGCGUCGCGAAGCCAAGAUCAGAGAGGAUGGUGCUGCUCGUCUGGAUAAGAUCACCAGCUUGAGUGGGCGUGCACCUACGAGCGCCCGUGUGGAGGAACAGACACUGUCCCCAAAGCCGUCCGAACCAGCGACACCCGCACCAACGCAAGCUCAACGGCCUCAAACGAAGCCAGAACAACCCACACAGUCAGUCCCGACACCAGUAGAAAACCAGAUUCAGUCAAAAGAAGACGCCCAAGCACAGCAGCAGUAUGAAUACGUCCGCGCGUUGCUCCGCGGGAACACACCGGCAGCGGCCCAGGAAGAACUGGAACAAGAUCCGAUGAAGUUACUCAAUGCCAUGUUGGGAGGAAUGUCGCAGGGUCAAGGCGGAAUCCCCCAGGACUCUCCUUCUCAGGGUGCCUCCGGAAACAAGAUCAUGGGGUUUUCUCCUGCUGAGAUAACGUCCAUACUUGGCCUUCCGCCCGUUUUCGCGGAUAUAUUGAAUGCAGCGAUGACGCCCGAGUCACCGGAGGCGAAGAAGCAAGCUUGGAUAUGGAGGAUUGUACAUGUGCUGUUUGCAUUCGCGUUGGGAUUCUAUCUGCUUACGCUCAUCGGAUCGUCGAUUGUGACCUAUGGUAGUCCGCCGCCGCCGCCUGCUACGGCGCAGAAUCCUUUCGUUGUCUUUGUGACGGGUGAGCUGCUUCUGGUUGGAGCUAAGGUGCUAGUUCAAGGUCGCAGGGAAGGCGGUGUUACGUUUUGGACAGGGAUACAGGUGUUCAAAGAUCUAUUACAGGAUGGGCGCAUGGCAUUAUUCCUACUGGGACUCGGUAGUUGGUGGAGGGGGGGUUGGACCGCAUGAGCCACCGGGGGCAUUUCGGAUGAAGGGGAUAUGGCAAAGCCUACAGGAGCAUAAUUGAGAGAUGUGUUGCGUAAAGUACGCAAGAAACAGAAUAAUUCUCAUGCAAAUCAGCUGCCAGGAUCGUCCACCAUGGACGGGUCUGAUGUAUCAUUGUAGCUGCGACGGUCGAAGUAUUCUCGGAGCCUUUUUAUCCUGUAAGCCUGGUAAUGGGGAAGGCAAUGACGUUCUGGGGCCCAUGCGACAACAGCAUAUCCGGAGUAAAUACUCCGUAUUCGGGGUGCCUAUAGGCGGGGAACAAGCGACCAAUCUAUUUCCGAAUAGCCACUGAGUAGACGAGACGCUCAACAUUAGUGAAACUGUAGAAGGACAAACAUAACCUCGGCGUCAGACAUGGAAUAUAAAUCUCUCAUAACCCAGGAUUUCCCCGUUCCUCCGUGUAACCGUUCCCCGGUUCGGGCUGGAAUCGCGGGGAGGGGGAACUGGAGAAAGUUCGGGGGAAGUCGGUGCUGGCCGGGACGAUGGUGAUGGAGAUACAUAUCUUGUGGUGACGAUGACGAUGAUGAUACGUGAUGAUGACCCCACUAUUUUCAGGCGAUUCCCAGCGAGUCAUGGGGGAGAGUCUGGAGAGCGGGGGAUAAAUGAGUCGGGGAUAAUAUCACAUAGAGUUAGUAGAUAGAUAGCGGGAGAUGGACUUAACUGCUGCCACGGGGGCGAAGUGUGUCCAUUGUCCAGAAAGCAAGGUCUCCUAUUCACCCUAUCGAAGUAUCAGUAUCAUAGAUUCAUGAUUGCCUCUGUUUCUGAGUCUGUCUUGGAUGCCUGGUAGCAUGCACUCCUACAACCCUUGCAGUCCUGAGUCUAGACGUGAUGUUGAAAUUGGAUUGCACCCUCCAACUCGGCUACGGCAGCAGCAGGAAAUCCAAUCCGCAUGGUCUUGACUUCGGACGGACGGGCGGUAGGGGAGCAAGCAAGGUGAGCAUGC